CGGUAUUUUUGGCUAACGUUUUAAUAUUUCCUACAGCUAAGUGAAUGUUACUUAUCAGUUUCAGGGUUGACAAACUUCCUUCAAUUGCUAUCACAGACCUGCACUGGUAGCAAUGGGCUCUGUUUACAGAUUAAAUAUUUCGCAAGAAUAGACACGUAAUAUCAGUUGACAUGUUUAUUUAAAAUUGGCCUCAUACCAAAGCAUUCUAUUUGAAUUUCCACGGGUCUUCGUCAGAAUUCUGUGGUGGCUAAUUACGUUUCUGCUGUAAUGGCCCUAGCCUAGGCUACGACAGAUCGUCUUCACAAUCUUAUCAAAUUGGUGUUGUUAUGCAUGCUGUCAUCUUGUUGCCUAAAUGAUUCUAACCUUUCCAAUAUUUGUGUCUGUUUUUAUCUUCCCUGUCUACUUCAGAUGCACACACCCACCAAGAAAUCCAAAUCCUCUCUGUGUUGGUUGGAAGCAGUACAUCAGUGGACAUCAUACCAACUCUACACUUCAUUCACCAACAACCAAGCACCAGAAUGGAAAACAAAACCAUAACCAUAGCUGAAAUAUUAGCUAAACCAAGAAAUCGUCAACAGGUAAACAUCAAAGUGAAAAUUCAAGACAUCCGAGAAAACACCACCCGUUGGCUUCAACACGAAUGCCGAGAAAUACAGAUGUCGACCUACUCCGUCGCCGACAGCACUGCCAGUAUCCUGCUAACUACAUGGAACAACAUGGACCUCACUAUAAACAGCUGGUACACCCUCUCACCUGUCACUGUUAAGGACUACAACAACACCAUCACUGUCAGCACAUCACCAUCCACCGCAGCAGAGACCAUCAAUCGACCCCCCAGACAUGGUGUAGCUGCACCAGUAACAGACAAUUCAGAAGAAGUCACUGGACUCAUCAUUGGAGCCAUGACUACAUCAACAAUCACCUGUCCCAAAAGGCACCCUCUUCCCAACUGUCCUCCUGGUGCACCUUUCCACAUGUGCCCUACAUGUAACCAACAUUUCAUUACAGCUAAGCUCCGCCACCAAUGGAAUGUUACCCUCACAUUGGAGAUAAAUGACACCACUAUAAGAGAAUUUAAGAUGGAUCAUACAGUCGUCCUAAACACCGCACCAAAGCACAUCUACCUGGACACAGACCCAAUCACAGUCACUGCACAUUUCCUGUCCAUUGGUUUAGUAACUGUGCGUGUCAAAGAUGAUGCUGUUUCUGCACUACACCCCUGCACAGCUUCUGCAUCUGUCCAACAAGAUACAGACAUCGCUGAUGAGACCCUCUUGACUUUUUUGGACGAAACGCUUUCUACCAGUGACGUCUAA